AUGAAAGUCAGGCUGUGUGAGCUGUGCAAUGCCCAAGCCACCCUCUUUUGCCCUUCCGACGACGCUUUUCUCUGCUCCACCUGCGACGCUAAAGUUCACGAUGCUAACUUCCUCGUAGCUCGCCACCUUCGCAAAUCCCUUUGCUCUAACUGCAACAGCUUCACCGCUGUUGGGAUCUCCGGCCUCGGUUUUCAUCCUCUUCCUGCUACAUGCCCUCCGCCCUCCGACCUCGACUCCCUCUCCUCCUCCUCCAGUUCAUCGGUUUGCAUCUCCAGCACCACCAAGGAUUCCACGGCGACGACGGGGAAGAGCCAAAAAGGGGGGCAAAAACCGCGAGUGGAUUAUUUGAAAGCGGAGGGCAUAUUGGAGAACUGGUUCCGGAAGCUAGGCGUAGGCGCGGGGGAGGAGAUGGCUCGUAGAGUUGUGAGGGUGUGUGUGGAUGGAUGGGGAUGGAGUAGGGUGUUGCCAUUGCGGGUUUGGCUGGCGGCGUCGAUGUGGCUGGGGUUGAGGGUGAGUGGGGAGAAGAGUUGGGAGGUGCUGAAGCGGCUGGAGGAGAUAUCGGGAGUGCCGGCAAAGAUCAUAGGAGCGGCGGAGGCGAGGCUGGAGCGUGGUUUAAGAGGAGGAGGAGGGGGGCGGGUAGAGGUGCUGGAGGAGGGAUGGGCGGAGUGCUAG